AUGACUUCUGUUGCAAUCACUAAGCCAACCGAAAAACCACUUCCGUUCUUAUAUCAGUUCACAGCGGGAGCUGUAGCAGGAGUUAGUGAAAUACUUGUAAUGUAUCCAUUAGAUGUUGUGAAGACAAGGUUUCAAUUACAAGUUGGUACAGGUGGAGAAGCAUAUUCUUCUAUUUUAGAUUGUUUUCAAAAAAUCAUCAAGAAAGAAGGAUUUAGCCGUCUUUAUCGAGGAAUACUUCCACCAAUUCUCGUGGAAGCACCUAAAAGAGCAAUUAAAUUUUCAGCGAACGAACAAUAUUCUACUUUAUUAAAAAAAAUUUAUGGAGUAGAUAAAAUGAAUCAACCAUUAUCUAUUCAAGCAGGUAUUGCAGCAGGAUGUACAGAAGCUGUUGUGAUUGUUCCAUUCGAACUUGUCAAGAUUCGUCUUCAAGACAAAGCAAAUACUUCUAAAUAUAAUGGAACAUUAGAUGCAUUAAGUAAAAUUGUUAAAAAUGAAGGUAUCUUUGCAUUAUAUAACGGACUUGAGGCGACGAUAUGGCGACACGCGACAUGGAAUGGAGGAUAUUUUGGCGUGAUUUUUAGUGUUAGAAAAUUUUUACCUAAAGCAAAAAAUAAACAAGCCGAAUUACGAAAUAAUUUUAUUGCUGGAGCUAUUGGUGGGACAUUUGGAACUAUGAUAAAUACUCCAUUUGAUGUGGUUAAAACACGGAUUCAAAAUGAUACAAAUACGAUAAAAAAAUAUAAUUGGGCUUUACCUUCACUAAAAAUUGUUGCUCAAGAAGAAGGAUUCAAAGCACUUUAUAAAGGAUUUGUUCCCAAAGUUCUUCGACUUGGUCCUGGAGGUGGAAUUCUUUUAGUAGUAUUUGAUCAAGUCACAACAUUAAUGAAAAAACAUUUAGAUAAAUAG